GUACAUAUGCAAACAUCUGAUCGCUUAGCCUCAAGUUCAAGUGGUUCAAAGUGCGCGCGAACAAAUUGAAAAGAAACAAAAUUGCAAAUCAAAUUACAACAGCAAUAACGAUUGCAUUUAUCAAUCGAUUUUAUUAGACGCGGGGCACUACGAUAAAAUAAAUAUCAAUAAUAAAAAAAAAAACAAACAAAAUAAAUACGAGACGACACGAUCGCUUAAUGUACGUCGGUUAUUUCUUUUUACCGUUGAUUUUGUUGUUUUCCUAUUUUAUGGUCGCAACAACAACGACGUCGUAAUCUUAUCGGCUGAAAAAAAGCGCAUAACGUAAUAAUUAGUGAACGAUCGAACGCUGGGCUUGGGACACCAGCGACCGCGACAGCCAGCACUAGACAAACAUGCGGCAGCCGGAACAGCUGUUGGCCCCAGAUGAGAGCAGCAGCUAUGCCGCCUGCAUCAGCGAGGAUCUGCAGCUCUUUGGCCAGCUGAACGAACUGCAGCUGAUGGGCAGCGACUUUGAGCUCACACCAGCUGCGAUACCCGCUGAUGAAGCAACAACACCAACGCCUAAGACAGGAAAACGUGCAGCGCCCACGAAACGACAAAGGAUCAACAGUUGCGAGGUGUGCGGACGAUGCUUCAGUGAUCCGUAUACGCUGCGCAUACACAAAAUGACGCACACCGAUGAGAAGCCGCAUGUGUGCAGCGAGUGCGGGAAGGGUUUCCGACAGCAGCACAAGCUGCGCAUGCACAGCGUCAUCCAUACAGAUGAGCGACCGCAUCAGUGUGAUAUUUGUGGCAAGGGUUUUCGCUUUGCCAACUAUUUGGCCGUACAUCGACGAUUGCAUACCGGAGAGAAGCCCUACGGCUGCACUGAGGCCAUGUGCCAAAUGUCCUUUCAUUCGAUACACGCACGACGCAUGCACAUCAAACUGCACCACCACCAUCAAGUCGAAGCCAGUCGAAUCGCAGAGGAGAGCAGCAGCGGAAAUAGUUCGACAGCAUCGUUGAGCUAUACCUGUCCCGUUUGCGCACGCGUGCUGAGCGAUCAGUGUUAUUUGAACACGCAUCUGAAGCGACAUUACAAUCAACGGGACUUUGUAUGCACGCAGCCGCAGUGCGGCAAACGUUUCUUUAGUUCCUCGGAACUGAAUCAUCAUCAAAUCGCGCACACAAGACUCCGUCCAUUUCGCUGUGCUUUGUGCUCUUCGUGCUUUUUGCGCAAUUCGAAUUACAAGCAGCAUUUGAAGCUGCAUCAUAAAGCAACAGCAGCAGCAUCAGCAUCAGUGACUCAAACUUGUUAAUAACAAUUUU